CGGACUCCUUGGAAUAGCGGUCUUGUUUCCAAAAACCGCAAUAACCCUUAACCCUAGACGAGCGAUUCGGAUUCUGAGCACUGGGAAGACGAUAUGUUGGAGCUACGUCUUGUUCAGGGUUCUCUGUUGAAGAAGGUUCUAGAAUCGAUCAAAGAUCUUGUGAACGAUGCGAACUUUGACUGCUCCAGCACUGGGUUCUCGCUCCAAGCCAUGGAUUCGAGUCACGUGGCGCUGGUCUCUCUCCUGCUUAGAUCCGAAGGCUUCGAGCACUACAGGUGCGACAGGAAUCUCUCCAUGGGGAUGAACCUCGGAAACAUGUCGAAAAUGCUCAGAUGUGCCGGAAAUGAUGACAUCAUCACCAUCAAAGCUGAUGACGGCGGCGACACCGUCACUUUCAUGUUCGAGAGCCCCACGCAAGACAAGAUUGCAGACUUUGAGAUGAAGCUGAUGGACAUAGACAGUGAGCAUUUGGGAAUUCCUGAUGCUGAGUACCAUUCAAUUGUGAGGAUGCCGUCAAAUGAGUUUUCCAGGAUUUGCAAAGAUUUAAGCAGCAUCGGUGACACAGUUGUGAUCUCCGUGACUAAAGAAGGGGUUAAGUUUUCUACUGCUGGUGACAUUGGGACAGCUAACAUUGUGCUCAGACAGAACACAAGUGUUGACAAGCCGGAAGAUGCAAUUGUGAUAGAGAUGAACGAGCCAGUGUCACUCUCAUUUGCCCUGAGGUACAUGAACUCAUUCACAAAGGCAACUCCACUGUCAGACACGGUGACUAUCAGCUUAUCAUCGGAGCUGCCAGUUGUGGUGGAGUAUAAGGUAGCUGAGAUGGGUUACAUUCGUUACUACUUGGCUCCUAAAAUUGAAGAAGAAGAAGACACUAAGCCCUAAAACUCCUUAGUAUAUUCAUCCUAAAAGUCAGAAGAUUUUUCUUGAUGAUGAUGAUGAUGUUUUUCUGUGAUUCCAUUUAGUGCCCCUCUUGAACAGUUUGUUUCCAUGACUUAUUAUGUUUUACGAUAACAAAGUUCGGCAAAAUUAGUGGCUUCUGAAACGAUUUAUCAUCUAUUUCCAAUUCA